CUGAAUAAACAAAAGUUUCUUGACUUUUAAAUAUUCUAGUAAUAUUUCAAUAAUAUUCUCUUUUAUCUUCAAAUAUUUUUACACGCUUUUCUUAAAGUUUCCAAAUAUGAGUAUGUAUUUGUAUGAUAACCGUUUGAAAUCUUUUACGAGUAAAAAAAUGAAAUGGCCAUACAAAUCGUCCGAUGGAUAUAAGCCAACUCCUGAAACUUUAUCGCUUGCGGGAUUUUAUUUUAAUCCGUCAAAAAAAUCCCCAGAUAAUGUGACAUGUUACUUAUGUCACAAAUCAAUGGAUUGUUGGCGUCCAGAUGAUGUUCCAUGUGAAGAACACUUCACUAAUUCUCCUGAUUGUGUUUGGGCUAUUUGUCAACAUAUUAAAAAAGAACUCGAUAAUAACAUACCUUUUAAUUGGGAUAAUGAGGCUCAAUGGCCAAAUUCCAAAAAUAUGUGUGAUAUCAGGUUUAAAACAUUUAAAAACUGGUGGCCGCAUGACGGUAAGAAAGGCUGGGCUAUAACGAGCAAAAAGAUGGCGAAAGCUGGAUUUUAUUUUGCCCCAACUUAUACUUCAGAAGAUAAUGUAUUUUGUAUGUAUUGUGGGAUCGAACUAGAUUGUUGGGAACCUGACGAUGAUCCUGUGUAAGAAUCUUUUUCAUU